GCCUUUAGUUCCCUCCCCGCCUCUAAACCAUUAGUUCCAUACCUCUCCUCCCCUCCAGUCACCUGCGGACUGUCCAGGGUAUAAGACUGCAGGGACAGUCAUUAGCAGCUGAGAGCUCCUCUAGCAGUAAUCAGGCCAGGACCAUCACAUCAACAUGAAAGUGAUACUGUUAGUGAUGGCAGUGUGGCUCAUAGGGAUGGCCCUGGCCACACCUGACCCUCUGGCACUGCCUGGCCCUGCACCUCAUCCUGUGGCACUGCCUGACCCUGCACCUCACCCUGUGGCACUGCCUGACGCUUCACCUGAUCCAUCACCUGACCCUUCACCUGACCCAUCACCUGAUCCUUCACCUGACCCUUCACCUGACCCAUCACCUGAUCCUUCACCUGACCCAUCACCUGAUCCUUCACCUGACCCAUCACCUGAUCCUCGUGGUGGUGGUGGUGGUCAUGGUGGUGGUGGUGGUCAUGGUGGUGGUGGUGGUCAUGGUGGUUUUGGUGGUCGUGGCGGUUUUCGUGGUCAUGGCGGUUUUGGCGGUCAUGGCGGUUUUCGUGGUCAUGGCGGUUUUGGCGGUCAUGGCGGUUUUCGUGGUCAUGGCGGUUUUGGCGGUCGUGUUGGUUUUGGAGGGUAUGGUGGUUACAGAGGCUAUGGUGGAUACAGAGGCUAUGGUGGAUACAGAGGCUAUGGUGGAUUCGGAGGCUAUGGUGGGUACAGAGGCUAUGGUGGGUACAGAGGCUAUGGUGGUUACGUUGGUAUUUAUGGAAGCUAUAUAUACUGCCCAUACUAUGGUUACUAUGGUUACUUCAGUUACUGCCCAUCCUAUUGGUAAUGUUAUUACCGAGAAAUAAUUUUUCCACGGGCCUGCAAGUCGUCCUCUGUACACACUAUAAUAUAGCCACUUGCUGUUAUCCUAUAAGGCUUUAUAAAAUGUGACACAAAUCUGUAUUUAUUAAUUAUUUUAUGAUUAAAGUCAAUAAAAUU